AUGAAGAGGCCUCUCGAACAAGAAGUCGACACUCCUCAAGAAGAAGCUGAACGUCAGCAAUAUAAAUCGCUAGAAGAAUAUUCCUUCUUAGACAACUCUGCCAUCGAUAUAACCCUGGAAACCACUGUGAUAGAUCCAUAUUUAGAAGUUGUUGCGCCAGCUCCACCAACCCCGCCGGCGCCGGCUCGAAGACGAUCAACUAUGACUCGAGAGGAAGCUCGACAGAAAGCAGAGAUGUUGCGACUAAGACUCGGUUUGGCUAGUUACAAAGUUCGCACUGGACAGACGGACGUGUCUCUAGAACAGCUUGAAGCCCAGACGUUAUUGAAAUCUCGACGGCCCCAGGAGCCUUCUUUACCCCCGCUGUCACAAAUUACACACACAGGAGAGGAACAUGACAGAGACGGAGAAGACCACGGGGAUAAAGUACCAUCCUCAGGGCGAAAGGCGUUGCCGACUGCGUGGCCUCUUAGUCGGGGGAGUAGUUUUGAUAAGGGCCCUCUAGGAACAGAGAUGGGACAAUUACCCGGAUUGACGAUACCGUGGCCGGAUUCACGAAGAGCAUCGCAAUGA